UCUGCCAAGGAAGGGUUUUCAGUGCUCCCCUAGGACCUGUAACUUCAUUUUACUCAAAGCAAUUUGGGAGCCAGAGGAAGAGACAAGGUAACUUGCAAGUGGGACUCAGGAUCUCAUGGGGUGAGAGUGAGGGGUCUACUUGGAGAAGCACCAACACUCAUCAAUGCCAGGACUCUGAUGUCCCCCUUACUCACCAGGGAGAGUAGAAGAGAAAGCACCAGCAAAAACAACUUUAACUGCUAAACAGGCCAAGGACCUACCUCCUUUGGUGGAGACCAGCUACCUACCUUCAAACUCCUUCUCCCGGGACUCACCUUGUCCCCCUCUGCUAGCUUUCCCUUCUCCCCCUACUACCAACAUUGCACCAGGGAGAGAAGGGGGAAAAGGGAAGAGGAGAGGCACUGACCGCAGCAGAAAGGAAAAGGAAGCAGCACAAAGGAGGGAGUAGAGAGGCCACAGAGGAGUAGGGGAGAAGGGGAGAGAAGGCAGGAGCCAGGAGAGGGGAAAAUCCUAAGAGAGAGGAGGUGAUAGAGUUGAGAAGGAGCAAGAGGAGAGAGGGACGCCAGACACCCAGAGGGGGAUUCCCCAGACAGGGUGUGUGGCCAGAGGGCGGGGAGAAGAGGGGGGGCGGUCUAGGUCAUGUCCCACGGGAUCUACUACGACUGUGAGCAACGAGGAGGCCAACCACUCGAGUUCCCAGGCAGCCGAACUGGGCCAGGGGAGCUGGGGGACAUGUGUGAGCACGAGGCCUCCAUAGACCUGUCUGCCUACAUUGAAUCCGGGGAGGAACAGCUCCUCUCUGAUCUCUUCGCGGUCAAGCCACAACCUGAGCCUCGAGGCAUAAAGGGUCCUGGAACUCCUGCCUUCCCCCACUACCUCCCUCCAGACCCCAGGACCUUCGUCUAUCCAGCCCAUGCCUUUGGCCCUGACCGGAAGGGCCUGGGGCCCAACUCCUUCAGCCCGGCAGAGGGCUAUGAUCCCCGAGCGGUGUCCGUGAAAGAAGAACCUCGGGGGCCAGAGUGUGGGAGAAGCUCUAGCCGAAGCAGCUACAACCCACUGCAGUACCAGGUGGCACACUGUGGGCAGACCGCCAUGCAUCUGCCCCCAGCCCUGGGCACACCCAGCCAGCCCCUUCGAGUCCUCAAGGGUCCCCUGGCUGCCGCUGCUGCCCCUCCCUGCAGUCCUCUCCUCAAGGCUCCCUCUCCGGCCGGACCCCCCCAUAAGGGCAAGAAAGCGGUGAACAAGGACAGCCUAGAGUACCGGCUGCGGCGAGAGCGCAACAACAUCGCGGUCCGCAAAAGCCGGGACAAAGCCAAGCGGCGCAUCCAGGAGACGCAGCAAAAGGUGCUGGAAUACAUGGCAGAGAACGAGCGGCUCCGCAGCCGCGUGGAGCAGCUCACCCAGGAGCUCGACACCCUGAGAAACCUCUUCCGCCAGAUCCCUGAAGCUGCCAGCCUCAUCAAGGGAGUGGGCUGUGGCUGAGCCCCCGCUGAAGGGCAGAGGGGGCGAUCCUCUCCCCCUCUGCCCCUGAGGGACUUCUCGACUCCCUGUAUCCCUAGGGGGAGGAUCUCAGUUUAGCCUGGGAUUUCUUCCCAUAUAUAGGGUACGGUUGAUGCCCUCAGGCAGACAGAGAAGACGGACUGGCUGCCGAGCCAGCCCCAAGGCUGGGAGCAGCACCCUGGGCAGGAUUUGGAGACUGCACUUCCCCUAAUACACUGAAAUACUGCAUCCCUUUGUCCUCGGACGUUUUUUAGCCUUCCCUGUAACACAAAUGACAACUUACCGCAAAAUAAAUAUUAUGUG